GUACAGAAACUUGACCAAAAACUUCCAGUCGCCAAUGAGUACUUGCUGCUUUCUGGAGGGGUCCGAGAAGGCGUGGUGGACCUUGAUCUGGACGACCUGAACUUCUACGCUCGUGGCACUGACUACGACAUGGACUUCACCCUGCUUGUGCCCGCCCUGAAGCUGCACGACCGAAACCAGCCGGUCACCCUGGACAUGCGCCACUCCGCCUUGUGCCAUUCCUGGCUGAGCUUGCGGCUCUUUGACGAAGGGACCAUCAGCAAGUGGAAGGACUGCUGCACCAUCAUGGACCACCUCAACGGGGCCACCAACUACUUCUUCUCCCCCACCCGGGUGGCUGACUGGUUCUAUGAGUCCAUCAGCGUGGUCCUCUCCGAGAUCCAGAAGAAGCCCCAGCGGGGGAUGCCCAAAGUGGAGAAGGUGGAGAAGAACGGCACCCUCAUCUCCAUCAUCCUGGGGGUGGGCAGCAGCCGCAUGCUGUAUGACAUCGUCCCCGUGGUGUCCUUCAAGGGCUGGCCGGCCGUGGCCCAGAGCUGGCUGAUGGAGAACCACUUCUGGGACGGGAAGAUCACGGAGGAGGAGGUCAUCAGCGGCUUCUACCUGGUCCCUGCGUGCUCCUACAAGGGCCGCAAGGAGAACGAGUGGCGCCUGUCCUUCGCCCGCAGCGAGGUGCAGCUGAAGAAGUGCAUCUCCGGCAGCCUCAUGCAAGCCUACCAGGCCUGCAAGGCCAUCAUCAUCAAGCUGCUCUCGCGCCCCAAGGCGGUCAGCCCCUACCACCUGCGCAGCGUCAUGCUCUGGGCCUGCGACCGGCUGCCCGCCAGCUACCUGCUGCAGGAGGAUUACGCCGCCCACUUCCUACUGGGCCUGAUCGAUGACCUCCAGCACUGCCUGGUGAACAAGACCUGCCCCAACUACUUCAUCCCCCAGUGCAACAUGCUGGAGCACCUCUCGGAGGAGACGGUCAUGCUCCACGCCCGGAAGCUCUCCUCGGUGCGCUCCGAUCCCGCCGAGCACCUCCAGAUGGCCAUCGAGCACGUCAAGGCCGCCAACCGGCUGACGCUGGAGCUCCAGCGGAGGGGCAGCGCCACCAGCAUCCCCUCGCCCCAGUCGGACGGCGGGGACCCCAACCAGCCCGACGACCGGCUGGCCAAAAAGCUGCAGCAGCUGGUGACUGAGAACCCAGGGAAGUCCAUUUCGGUCUUCAUCAACCCCGACGACGUCACGCGGCCCCAUUUCAGAAUUGACGACAAAUUUUUCUGAGGCCCUCUCUGCCCCCCCCCCCCAAGGCCUCCUGCCCCACCUCAGGCUGCGGAACCCCUUCGCUCACCUGGGUUGACCCAGUGGGUUUCCUUUGCCAACAUAUCAGACCUGAGGGGGCCCUGUAGGAGAGGGGAGGGUGGGGGUCCUGGGCUUGGAUUUGCUGUGGAGGCCAGCCUGUCCAGCCUUCUCCCAGGCCACCUUGACUGUAUGCGCCCACGACCGCCUCCUUCAGCAAAAAAGCCCCU